AUGAGAACUGUGUUACGUGGAGUUAAACGUUCAAUGUUAUCUAAGUAUAUUCCAUCAAAACCGUUUACUUGUUUCGAUGGAUCAAUAUCUAUGCCAUUUGACUUUGUCAACGAUGAUUAUUGUGAUUGUCGCGAUGGAAGUGACGAACCGGGAACAUCCGCUUGUCCAAAUGGGCAAUUUUUUUGUGAAAACAAAGGUUAUGUUGGGAUAGUAGUACCGUCUCAAUUUGUUGGCGAUGGAGUAUGUGACUGUUGUGAUGGUUCAGAUGAAUAUGAAAACGAAAUUGUGUGCAAUAAUACAUGUUUUAUAUUAGCCAAAAAAACAAAUGAACAAAGAGAGACUCAACGUUUAUUACAUGAACAAGGUGUAGCAAAGAAAAAUGAAAUGAUUUCUAAAGCUAAUGCUUUUAAAGCAGAAAGAGCGCAACGUUUAGAAGAACUUGAAGAACAAUUAAAACGUCUUGAAGUCGAUUUACAAGUAAAAUUAGAUUUGAAAAACCAAGCUGAAGAACUCGAAACGGCAAGCAAAGAUAAGCAUGAAGAAGCAUGGGAAGAACAACGAGCUGCGCGUGAAUUGUUACAGCGUGAUGAACAAAUAAAAGAUAUAUUUAAUGAUUUGGAUACCAAUCAAGAUAAAUCAAUAUCUAUUGAAGAACUUAAAAUCCAUACUGAACUUGAUGAUGAAAAAGAAAACGAAUUUACGAACGACGAAGUUAGAACUAUAUUAGGAGGUGAUUCGGCUACAUUCGAUGAAUUCAACUCAACUGUAUUCGAUCAAAUUUCAAAUUCGUAUAAAAAAAUUACACAAACUGUGACAAAUGACCAAACCACUGGCACUGAGUCCAGUAACCCAACACCGUUGGACGAACCGUCAAAAGUCACUAGAUCUGAAAACUAUGAUGAAACGGAUAAUGAAAAGUACGACAGUAAUGAUAUGGAUGAUAUCGAUAACAAAGAUGAUAUAUCUAACGAAAAAGAUCAACCAACUUCCCUUGGUCAUACGAAACAUGUUCAUGAUGAUAUAGCACCAGACUUCGAUGAAGAAACAAAGAAGCUUAUUCAAAUCGCCGAUCAAGCUCGAAAGGUUUUUGAGGAUGCUGAAGAGAAGGUGCAAGAUAUUAAACGAGAAAUUGAAGAUUUGAAGAAACGAUUAGAAAUAGAUUUUGGACCCGAAGAUGAAUUUAGUACAAUGUUCAAUGAAUGUUACAAUUAUGAAGAACGAGAAUAUACGUAUCGUGUGUGUAUGUUUAAAACUGCAUCACAAAUUCCCAAAGGUGGUGGAAGCGAAGUAGUAAUUGGACAUUGGGAAUCAUGGGGUUCCGAGCCUAAUAAGUAUUCUGUUAUGAAAUAUACAAAUGGUGUGUCAUGUUGGAAUGGACCUUCAAGAGCUCUAACAGUUCAACUACAAUGUGGUAUAGAGCAUCGUGCUAUAGACGUACGAGAGCCAACCAAAUGUAAAUAUUCUAUGAUAUUUGAAACACCAGCUGCCUGUGAUAAAGAUAUUGCAUCAAAGCCAUUAGAUCAACAUACUCAUACGGAAUUUUGA